UCAGGGACGCGCGGGCAUUCGGAGGUAGUCGUAUUAUACCGUGUGGAACUGUGUGGAACAGGGAGGCAGCUAGCAGCAGCGACGGCAGUAGCAGUAGUAUCACCGAUAGUGAGCAACGCUGGCGGACAACUAUUAUCACGGGCUUUUUCGUAGUCGGUCGACGAGAUUCGUGGGGUGUCGUCGUGCGGUGAGAAACGGUGAUUCGUAAAAAGUGAAAACACUUUGCGCGAGCGAACGACACGCCGUUGGGCAUCGUGCGCUGCGACGGACAAGCGAGGUGGUGUGGUGUGAGUCGGUGCGCACAUACACACGCGCAUCUACGUGCACGCACACACGUGUACGUUCACAUACGCGCGCAACCAGCCGGAGCGUGUAUAUAGGUGUGACUGCGCAGUCGCCAUAUGCGGCAUGAUGGGCAGAUUGAAAUAAGCAUGGAUGUAAAAUGGCAAAGAAAAAGAACAAUUUGCAAUUGAAUACUACCAGCGAAAGCUACUUUUUCUAAAAGAACGUCUGUAUUCUAAUUACGCAAAAGUAUAAGGAAACAUGACAGAUGUUAAACCGAUUGGAAUUUCGACAUCACAAGCACAACCACAAUCGCAAUCACAGCAGCCGCAACAAGCGCAGCAGCAACAAAUGAUGAUCGCGACUCAUGACCUGCAGCAACAACAGCAGAAUGUCCAGCCGCAGCAACAGCAUGUACAGCAGUCGCAGCAACCUCAACAGGUUCAGCAACAACCUCAGGUGCAGCAGCAGCAAGUUCAGCCGCAGCAGCAGAUGCAGUCGCAGGUCCAGUCGCAACAGCAGAUGCAAGUUCAACAGCAAGUGCAACAACAGGUACAGCAACAAGUCCAGCAGCAACAACAGCAGCAGCAGCAACAACAACAACAGCCACAGCAGCCACAACAACAGCAGCAAAAUAACGGAACUCACAAUGUUGUUCCUACUCAAGUACAAGUUCAGCCACAGGUUGCUGCCAGCAUGCCGCAACAAUUGCAGGGAGCUGUUGCGGUAUCGAUGCAACAUCAGCAGCAACAGGGAGUAGGAGGUGUGUCCAUGACAUUAUCUGGUCAACAAGGUGCAACCACCAUAACUACGAUGGCUGCACAUCCACAAGCGGUCCAAGUGAUUCAACAGCCGAUUCAGAGUCAAGCUUAUCAUUUACAACAAUUGUAUAAUACUCAAGGUGCACCUUUAUUGAUGCCAGGAAACUUAGCACUCCAUCCGGCAGGCAUAAAUCCCUCUUCUAUUCAGGUAAUAACAGCUGGAAAGCCAUUUCAGUCUGCAGCUCAACUCACUCCUCACAUGUUGGCUACGACAUCCACGCCUGGACAAGGAGGUGCUCAUCCAAAUGCCGGUGGCACCAAAGUCCCGGGAUUUCCGGCCGGCUAUUUACCAGUACCUACAUCCGCUCCCGGUGCCGGACAGACGCUAGUGUUCGGUCAACUUGGUGUAUUAGGUUCUCCACAACCACCACCCUCAUUACAGCAGCAGCAACAGCAGCAAUCCACGAAUAAGCAAGACCAAGUACAAAAGUAUACAGCGUGCACCACUGGAACACCUUCAGGUGGAAGAACUGGUGGUAUGCAGUUUGCGCCCUGGCAAUUCGCACCUCAAGUAUGGGCCACCGGAUUGCAACAACCGACUCUGCUCACUGCCGCGCCUAAUCAAAUAUUCAUUCGCGGUCCCACACAAACUGAUAUGUUUAUACAAAGUCCACAGCCGAUACAGGCGCACAAUGCUCUCGCGACACAGCAACAGAUACAAGGUGUACAACAGAUAACAGCUACUGGUGGAAAACCUGCUAAAGUGAUGGAAAUCCAGCAACAGCAGUCUCAACAAGGUAAACCGAAUACAACUAUACAGCGACCGUUGAGUAUCUUGCCGUCGUCUUUGGCUGCCAAUAUACGGGCCGCCAGUUCCGUCUCCACACAAACUGUUUAUGGAGUACAAGCUACAGUACAAGCACAGAGUAAAGGUAACAACGCUACCGGGAAAGGCCGUGGCAAGCCGAUACAACCUCCACAACAGCAGCAACAGCAAGCCCAACCAACGAUACAGCAACAGCCAGUCUUCAUACAACAGAAGCAACAUACGCAACAGCAACAGCAGCAAUUACAACAACAGUAUCAACAAGUGCAAUCGUCUCAAUUACAGACUAAGCCUAUCAUGACAAAUAUGACGUUGCAACAACCACCACCUGGCGUUGUCCUAGGAGCGGAUCGUUCAAUUAUGCCGGUAGUCUCGGUAGGCGGAGUUGGAGUUGGGGUUGGGAUCGCUGCUACAUCGCAGAUGAAUCCAAUGCCACAAACUGCGAUGUCGACUAUGCAACAACUUCCUUUACCGGCCCUUAAUCCAACGAUUAUUGGCAAUCAACUAAUAAGCAGUGCGUCGCAGGUUCAAGCGAUGCCAAUCGUGAAUGCAACACAGGAUCAAUCAACGCACGAUAACAACUCGACGAUAAUGAUCACGUCGCCGGAUCGUAAUUCGCAGGCUGAGUGCUCUCUGAUAUUACCGUCUACCACGAAUUCUCCGUUAAUAACUGAUGAUAGCGUAAAGCUAACUACGAAAAAAGAAGACGUACCUAUUCCUAUGGAAGAUAUCACGGCACCACUUCAGUCAGAAAUAACGGAUGGAGAUCAAUGUAAAACGACAGUAAAGGACGAUGAAACGAUUGCUCCAAAAGUGGAUGAGAAACAGUGCAAUAACCCGUUAGCAGGGCUUGCCAAUACAGUGAACGCUAUUACGAAUGGUGUUGUGGUCAGCGAUGACUCACAAAUUAUACCGAUCUCCGCAACAGUCAUAGUGAAUAAUAAUAAACAAGCGCCGCCUAAAGCCAUGGUGAAACCGCAGGUUCUUACACAUGUGAUAGAAGGAUUUGUGAUACAGGAAGCAUCAGAACCGUUCGCGGUGAGUCAAGAAACUACUAAUAUCCUUAAUCGGAAUAAUACGAUCACAGAAAAAGACAUACACGAAGAACCUCCAAAAAAGAAACUUUGUUCUUAUUCGAACGAAGAUGAUGGAACCAGUGAUCAAGAUAAUAAAUGUGAAAGCUGCGGUAAUACGAUUGACGAACAGAACGUCAGGUUAAAGAAAGAAAAGCGAUUCUGCUCAUCGAUGUGUGCAAAGAGUAAAAAACGUGAAGCACGAGAGCGCGAUGGGACGGAGAAACAGUGGAUUGAAAUAGAGACUGAAACUAAAACUAUUGACAAUGAUAUGAUGAAGAAAAACGGCGAGGAGAGGUCUUUAUCUGCGACUACUACAUCCUCUAUUGAUGAAUCACUGCCGAAAGUGAAUCCGAUUAAAUGGACGGUGGGUGAAGUGUGCGAGUUCAUACGCGGUCUACCAGGAUGUGCUGAUUAUGCAGAGGACUUUGCUAUUCAGGAAAUUGAUGGCCAAGCUCUUAUGCUACUGAAGGAAGACCAUCUUAUGUCGGCGAUGAGCAUAAAGUUAGGUCCAGCAUUAAAAAUUGUUGCCAAAAUCGAUUCAAUGCGCGUAGAAUCGAACUUAAAUCCUUCGAAUAAUUCAUAACCGUUCUAUGUAUCAAUAGAUUUCCAAAAUGUGUUUCCAGAACGUUUCUAACCUAUGAGCUACAGGGCUUGUGCAAGUAUUUGAUUGAAUGUAAAUGUAUAGGAAGGAUCAAACGUCUUAAUUACGUGAAGUAUCUGAAUGUAUGAACGAUUUCCAUAUUGGUAUAUUUUAUCAAAUUUGGAU